GAAAUAAAUCUGGGCGACCGAAAACCGGUCCUGGGGCCCAUCCAGACUUUCUUUGAGACGCAGAAUGGCUUCGAAGGCCUGAACAUUGACACAAAUGUGACCUGGCUGUGCGACGGCAAGAUUAUUCUUCGAAUCGGCGCGGUGGAGAUUGGCAUUGAGAAUUUUUCCCUCAAGGGCAGCGUGCACCUGCGACUGCGGCCGUUGCUUGAGACGCUGCCUGUGGUGGGUGGCAUGCAGAUCACCAUGCUGUCUCCACCCAUGACGCACUGGACUUUCACAGGCGGAUUGGCAUUGGGACUGAAGAUGGACAUCGUCACACG